GCCACAGUGGAGAGUUCAACAUUGACAUCUGAAUGAAACUUGCAUUUGUUUAGCCUAAAUAUGAACCAUGGAGGAGGAGAGUGAAUGUUUUUGCACAAAAGAGGUCCUGAAGAAUGGAUAUUUGAUCCAUGGCUCCCUAGAUUUUGAGGCAGAGAAGGAUCUUGCAUUCUGGUUUUGAAUCAGGCCAGCAGAGGUCCAUGUCUGACUCAGAGCUUAGGAAGAGUGGGGGACCAGCCAGCAUGGUCGCUGAAUGCCGCUCUCCACCAACUCCCAGGAUGGAGCUGCUCAGCCCCUCCAAGGUGAAGGACCGCUCUCAGAACGUCACAGAGAAGGUCACACAGGUACUUUCUUUGGAGUCUGAUGUACUUCCUGAAUACAAACUCCAGGUGCCUCAGAAAACAUGGUGGAUCUUGCUUCACUACAGCCCGUUCAAGGCAUUUUGGGACUGGAUUAUUCUCCUUCUGGUCCUCUACACGGCGGUUUUCACCCCUUACUCAGCUGCCUUUCUCUUGGACGAACACGGGGACUUGCGUCAAAGGAGUUGUGGCUACACAUGUAACCCUCUGAAUGUGGCGGAUCUUAUGGUGGACGUGCUAUUUAUUGUGGAUAUUGUCAUCAACCUUCGUACAACGUAUGUUGACCAAAAUGACGAGGUGGUUACACAGCCGAGCAGGAUAGCCAAGCACUAUAUCAAAGGCUGGUUCCCUAUUGAUCUGUUUGCAGCAAUCCCUUUUGACCUCCUCAUUUUCAGAUCUGGCUCUGAUGAGAUGGCGACCCUCACAAGCUUGCUGAAAACAGCCCGAUUGCUGCGAUUGGUCCGUGUGGCAAGAAAGUUGGAUAGAUAUUCUGAAUAUGGGGCUGCUGUUCUCUUCUUGCUUAUGUGCACCUUUGUACUCAUUGCCCAUUGGCUUGCCUGCAUUUGGUAUGCCAUUGGCUUUGUGGAGAGGCCAUACACAGAGACUGGCUGGCUUGACAACUUGGCUGAACAAGUAGGAAAGUUAUACAACGACAGUGAUUCCAGCUCGGGUCCAUCAGUCAAAGACAAGUAUGUUACUGCUCUUUACUUCACUUUGAGCAGUUUGACAAGUGUUGGCUUUGGUAAUGUCUCUCCGAACACCAACUCAGAGAAGAUCUUCUCAAUCUGCGUCAUGGUAAUCGGCUCACUCAUGUAUGCCAGCAUAUUUGGGAAUGUGGCAGCUAUCAUCCAGCGACUGUAUUCUGGAACAACUCGCUACCACACCCAGAUGCUGAGAGUCAAAGAGUUCAUCCGAUUUCACCAAAUCCCUGGUAGCCUUCGCCAACGGCUGGAGGAAUACUUUCAGCAUGCGUGGUCUUACACAAAUGGCAUUGACAUGAAUGCUGUCUUGAAGGGAUUUCCAGAGUCUUUGCAGGCAGACAUUUGUCUUCACUUGAACAGAUCUCUGCUACAGAAUAGCAAGGCUUUCCAUGGAGGCAGUCAGGCUUGUCUGCGUGCCUUGGGAAUGAGGUUCAAGACAGUCCAUGCUCCUCCAGGAGAUACUCUUAUUCACUAUGGGGAUAUCCUGGACUCGCUCUUCUUUAUCUCUCGUGGUUCCAUUCAGGUCAUCAGAGAUGACGUUGUGGUUGCCUUAUUAGAAAAGAAUGACAUAUUUGGGGAGCCUAUCCAUUUGUAUGAUGAGCCAGGGAAGUCCAGUUCAGAAGUCUACACCAUCACCUACUGUGACUUGCAUCGUAUACGGAGGGACGACCUCCUGGAGGUCCUGGACAUCUACCCAAGCUUUGCAGACAACUUCUGGAGGAACCUUGAGAUUACGUUUGACCUGAGAGAUGCCGAACAAGUUCCACCAAUAAUAACAACUGAUGAUUCUGGCGAUGACUGUGAGUAUCGUCACAAGUCAAGACAGAGAAUCCACACCAUGGACUACCGAAUCAAGCCAGAUGGAAUUGAUCAUGAAGACUCCUACCCCCUUCAGUCCUACCAUUGUCAUCAUCACUCAACCUCCCAAGGUCACUGGGAUGACCAUUGUAGCUGUGGAUCCCAAUAUUCCCAGUCAAGUGAAGAACUGGCUAAGCCCCUUGCUCAAAGUGCCAGAGUCGAGCUUUGUCCUUCAGAAGACGCUAGACAGGACUACUCCCCCUCUGUAGUGCAGCUUCUACCCCCUAGUGGCAGCACAGUGGGCAGGGAAGCAAUGAUGGACCAAGGCCAAAAAGUUUCAUCUUUGAAUGUGCCGGGAAUGUAUCAAUACUGGCCAGACCGACACUCACAACAGUUUUCCAGUCGUUCCUGGCGAUCUUCCUCCGUACGCAACUCAUACCAUCCACCACCUUUCACAGAAGAACGGCCCAGUGAGCUGGAGUCACGACUUGAGAUUUUACAUUCACAGCUCAACAGACUGGAGACUCGUAUGACAGCAGACAUCAAUGUUAUACUCCAGCUUCUCCAAAGGCAGAUAGCUCCUGUACCCCCUGCCUACAGCACUGUAUCAUCCAGUACCCUGUCGACAGACUCUCCUGGUUUGUAUGGGACUGGGACACCAGUGAUGCACAGCAUGUACCCCAUUUCCCCCAUACAGAUGGACAGUCUAGCAGCCACACAGAGCUCUACACAGACUGACCUGAAAUUCAACAAGAAGUCCCAGGAGUCAUUGUCCAGCGGAAUCCAUGUGACUUUGGCGUCAGACGACACAAUGUUCAUGACCAUCACCCCAGAAAGUGAGACUCAUACAGGGUCGACUCAUCAGCUACCCCAGCCAUCAGUAAAAUCCCCCCUAAUGGAAAACCCUGGGCUCUGUGGCAAACUCCGCUACCCAUCACUGCCAGGAAACCUGGACAUUACAUCAGGACUGGCUGAGAUCCAGAAACACCUCUCCGACCCUGUGCUGACUAUCACCUGAACACCCUCAGAAAAUAGUUUUCGUGGCAGUCAGUGUGACUUUGAAGCAGUGCUACUUAAAGACUUUUUGAAGGAGCCAUAUGACUAAUCAGUAACAAAUGAACAGACAGCAAAUAUAGUGUCACAAAAUCCAGUUAACAACAAAGAUAUCCAUUUCACAGUGACAACCCAAGAUUACACUAAG